AAUUCAUUACAAUUACAAAACAGCGAAAAGACACAGAGGGAGAGAGAUCUCAAGUCUGAUCCACAACAAUGGCGUCUCUCAAAGUCCCGGCCAACGUUCCUCUUCCCCAAGAAGACGCCGAGCAACUCCACAAGGCUUUUGCAGGAUGGGGUACCAACGAGAAGCUGAUCAUAUCAAUUCUAGCCCACAGGAACUCUGCACAGCGCAGCUUAAUCCGCAGCGCUUACGCCGCUACUUACAAUGAGGAUCUUCUCAAGGCCUUAGACAAAGAGCUUUCUAGUGACUUUGAGAGAGUUGUCAUGUUGUGGACUCUUGAUCCAGCGGAGAGAGAUGCUUUUCUUGCUAAAGAAUCAACCAAAAUGUUCACCAAGAACAAUUGGGUUCUUGUUGAAAUCGCUUGCACUAGGUCUCCUCUUGAUCUUUUCAAGGUCAAGCAAGCUUACCAAGCACGUUACAAGAAAUCACUCGAGGAAGAUGUUGCGCAACACACAUCUGGUGACCUUCGUAAGCUAUUGCUUCCUCUUGUUAGCACUUUUAGGUACGAAGGAGAUGAGGUGAACAUGAGGCUUGCAAGAUCUGAAGCCAAGUUACUUCACGAGAAGGUCUCAGAGAAAGCCUUCAGCGAUGAUGACUUCAUCAGAAUCUUGACAACAAGAAGCAAAGCACAGCUCGGUGCAACUCUUAACCAAUACAACAAUGAGUAUGGAAACGCCAUUAACAAGAACUUGAAGGAAGAUUCGGAUGACGAAUACCUUAAACUACUAAGAGCUGUAGUCACGUGUUUGACAUAUCCUGAGAAGCAUUUUGAGAAGGUUUUGCGUCUAGCAAUUAACAGAAUGGGGACUGACGAGUGGGCACUAACCCGAGUCGUGAGUACACGAACUGAAGUUGACAUGGAACGUAUUAAAGAGGAGUAUCAGCGAAGGAACAGCAUUCCUUUGCACGAUGCCGUCGCUAAAGACACUUCUGGUGAUUAUGAGGACAUGCUUGUUGCUCUUCUUGGACAUGGAGAUGUUUAAAACUGGUUCAGUCCCCAUGCUUUCUUUCUUUUUACUGGUUUGUUUUGAAUAAAAGAGUUGUGUAAACUGGUUUCUGCUACUAUCUAUCUAUCUAUGUAUUUGAGUCUGUUUAAAUACAAUCUAAAGCACAAGUUAAAGCGAAA